CAAGAACCAUGUGGAUAUGAGAAACUCAUCGGCCUCUCCGUUUCUCAACUUUUAGGCGUAUUGCCAACGGAGACUGGUGUUGAAUUUUGCUCCGGGCACACUGAGAUGUUGAAAUGAAGAUUGAUGAAAAAGUCCUCACCUAUUUUGAAUCUUGCAACUCACCUGUGGAUAAGGAAGGGUACCUGUACAAGAAGGGUGAGAUCAAGACUUCCUAUCAGAAGCGCUGGUUCGUGCUGAAGGGGAACCUCCUCUUCUACAAAGACCGGCAGACCGACCGGGAUCUGGUCGGAGUGAUUGUUCUGGAGGGCUGCACCGUCCAGCUGUGCGAGUCCGAGGAGAACUUCGCCUUCUCGCUGGUGUGGAGCGAGCCGGGGCUGCGGACGUACAAGUUUGCCGCGGAGAACCAGGCCAGUCAGGAGAGCUGGAUCAAAGCCCUGCUGUCAGCCAGCCACAGCUACCUGGCCCUGCUUGUAGUGGACAUGGAGUCGAAGUACAGAGAUGCAGUUGGUGCACUCUCCAGUAAACCAAGCAAACCUUUUGUCAUGCCAAAUUUCAGCGCCAUCCAGCCUGCUGCCGUCUUUGUGACCUCAAACACCUGCACCUCAUCUGCGCUGGGAACAGCACCCAGCCCGAAUUCCUGUCCAAACCUACAAGCUCUUACCAUUUCAUCCAAGACGGCCAGUAAGAAAUCACCCAAACUGCGAUCGAAGAAGAAUGCCAACGCGGUGCCUAUGUUUGAUCCAUUUCAGACGAUUGGGGAGUACGACUUUAACCAGCUGCAUGAAGAUUAUGGAAAGGAAGUAAAGGAACUGAUUGUCAUGUGGUCAAAGAAAGGACACGGCGGUGCGAAUGUUCAGGAAGAAAACUUGAUAGAUUUUGAAUGAUAAAAGUUGGCUUUGUUUCUAACCCUUAACUUAUAGAGAAGCUUUAUCAUGCAUACGUGCACUGGAUUAGAAAUGUGUCGGUAAUAUAUAGUUGACAUAGUUAUAUUUGUUUUCUUCCAGAAACAUGCUGUUUCUUUUUUACUUUUUCAUAGAUUAGUCAAUAAAUGAUCUAUGAUCAUCUGUUUUAUUAA